AUGGACGAUAUAGGCAGGCAAAUAGUAGUUCGCUUGAGUAACAUAAUAGAUUUGGUUGCUGUAGAGGGGAUAUAUCAUUUAAUUUGUUAUAAGAAUUUAAUGCGCGAUACUCCAGGCUCUUCCAAAGAUUCACAAGGAAAAGAUGGAAGGCAAUCUGCCUUUUUAAAAUUGUGUAGCUAUAUGGAAAGCUCUGACGAUUGUCAAUUUUCACUUGGGAAGCUUGCUGAAAAAUUUGAAGAAUUUUGUGACACCAAAGAAAGUUAUGUACGUAGAUGGGUAAGAGAAAAACUGCAACGUCACUUUGGCGAAAAAAUUACAGUUACUGGACUUCAAGCAAAAGAUACUAUUAUCACAUUACCCAAACUAAAAAAAUGUUUAACUGCUCAAGAAAUAAGUUAUUUCGGACAGAUCCCUAUUAAAUUGUAUAAAAAAAGUAAAUCAGGGAUCGAAAAGGUGAAAGUAGCCAAAGUUUCGGUAGAAGCAACAGACUUAACUAAAUCAAAUGUUCUAAAUUCGAUAAAACUAGACAUUUUGUGGGCCUCUGGGUAUUGCCUAAGUAACUGCUCUACCCCGAAUUGGAACGGAUUCAUGUCGUUAGUUCUAGAAUGGACAAAACCAUUUGAGAAGUCCAAAAUAGUGACGUUACCAUUCAUAAACUUAAGUCCAAGUGAUCUUUCUACCAUAUAUACAGCCUUGGAAUUUGCAUUAUCAGAGACCAGAAAAAGUCACCAACGGAGUUGUAUAGUUACGUUCGACCAGCCACUAUUCCAGAAAGCGUCAGAAAUAGUGUACGCAGAGGAAAUGCCUACAAUUUUAAGACUGGGCGGCUUUCACCUGCUUAUGUGUUUCAUGCGUGUCGUGGGGUUUAUUAUGACAGGAUCAGGAUUGGAAGAUUUGUGGACACAGAUCUAUGCUAGAGUAACUGUUUCUCAUAUGGUCAUAUGGUAG